UAUGUAAAUGGCUUGACAUCCGCUCCUGCACAGUAUAUAAAAGCUCAUUAAUCAGAGCAACACUACAGCCAUCUCCUUGACUAACUGCGAGACAGUCUCUUAAAGUUGUGACGACUUGACUGCGUGAUCACUGAAACCAUGCUGAAGGUAGCACUUGUACUUGGAUGCCUCCUGUGCCUCACUCUGGCCAGUCCCAUGAACAUGGCACACAAACGACUCGCCCGCUCAGGCUCUCACUCCAACUCAGACUCUAACUCCAAUGAGCGCGUCCGCUCGUUUGGCCCGAGUACACAACAGUGGCUCCAGCUCCUUCUUACCUUACUCCAGCAGCAACAAGCUACAACUACUACAGCUGCAACUACUACUACUACUACCACCGCUGCAACUACCACUACUGCAGCUGCAACUACCCCUACCCCAGCUACAACUGCCCCUGCUACUACCAAAUAAAAUCUGAAAUUUAGCCAGAGAUCAAUAAGUGAAUGAAAGUACUGAGUACAUGAAGAGUGAUGUGAAUCUAAAUGAUUUUGUCUUAGUGUUUCUACACUCAUCAUUCUGGUUCAAGUAAACAUGUGGAUCAAAAUCACUUUAUUCUCUGUAGUAUCUGCUAAAUAAACUUCAGAAAUGGAAA